ACGUCCGGUUUUACGUCCAGACUGACCACAUGACCCGCCUCAGGCCAGCGCCCUCCCUUGGUGACCCUGGGUUCGUGUUCCCGCGUGGGGGGGGGGGGUGGCGCCCACAGACCUGCAGCCGUGGAGCCCGUUCAGGACCCCUCAGCCCUAACAGUUGGAACCUGGGCGCUGUGCCAGUCCCCUGGGGACGCCUGCCCGCACCCAGGCGUGUCUGGGGGUGCGUCUGCGGGGAGCCCGUCUGCGGGGCAUCAGUGGUGCGUCCUGGUACCGCAGGUGCUGUGCACGGGGCAGACUCGGACGCGGAGGAGGAGCAGGACGGCGCCCCCCGCGUGCUGCAGUUUGACUACGAGGCCGUGGCCAGCAGGCUCUUCCAGGAGGCCAGCGGGCUGGACACGCCUUCGCAGAACAGGAAGCGGCUUUACAAGGUGAUCCAGAGGUUGCAGCAGCUCGCUGAAGGCCUCUUCCCCGAGGACGACAUCCCGGAGGCGGUCUACCGGAAGCUGCAGAGAGGGGGGCGGCGGCGCAGGGCCAGGAGACCCAAUUCCCGCUCGCCCAGCCCGACAGGUGGGAACUGGGCCUCCAGCCUGGCUGCGCCCCACACUCCAGCCCCAGGGACCCCACCACUCUGCCAGCCCCCGGGCAGCUUGGGGCCUCUGGCCAAGCUGCAGCGACAGCAUGGUGCCCGACAGCGCACAGGGCCCCAGGGCGUGGUGCAGGACACACCCCGUGGCACCACCAGCCACUGGGCCCUCCGGUGGCGUCUGGGCACCGUCUGUGACGGCACGGCCACCCCGUCCCCCGUUGGGUCCAGGCUGGUGCUACAGGCCAGAGCCCAGGGCGAAGACCAGGCCACGGGCCGCCCCCCGCGGCGUGAGCGCACCCACCCGCCCCGGGCUCGCCUCCCACCGCCCUUCCGGGCGGUGCACGGCACCUGUGCGUCUGGGCAACCCAGCGCCCACGCGCCCGGGCCCGAGACCCACUGCCCGCAGGCGAGCUUUGGGACGGCCACGCCCUUCAGGCGGCACCUCCGUCUGCAGGUCACUGCGGGCCGGGAGAGCCCUGGGCGCGCGGCCUUCCUCAGUGGGGGGCGGGACCCGGGGCCCCAGGGGGUCGGGAGGCGGGGGCCGGGCGCGCAAAGCCGGCAGAAGUGCCCCUGCCCGUCACCGGCGGGGAGGCCCCGGAACCCCCAAACCGCCCGCUCCGAGCAGGCUCUGCCUCCCCACAGUGAGAUGAAGCGCGGGAGACCGUUCGCGGAGAGGGCUGCAGCCCAGCAGGCCACGCCGGACAGCGGCCGCAGCGGCCCGCCGGGCUGGGGGCCACCCGCCCCCCGGCGGGGACCCUUGUCAGCAGAGGAAAUGAAAGCCAGGAGCGCGUCUGAGGCCGAGCGGCCCGGCCCUGCGCAGUCGCCGGCGUCUGCCGAGGCCCAGAGAGCUGCGCCCGGGCCGCCCGGCCCGCCAGGCUCAGCUUUCACUGGGCGUCGGGGUGGCGGCGUGCGGCAGGCGGGGCUCGGCGCCCUCAGCCGCGGGCUCUGCAGCUCGCCGGGCUUCCCGGGGCUCGAGGCUCUGUGGGCCGAAAACCGCUCGUAG